CUUGAAAAGGUGACAUAAUCCUAAACUGCCUUAGAAUUUAGAGCACCCAUUCAAAGUUUGUAACUUUAUCCGUUAUAGUUGAGACUAUCAGAGGAAGUGUGAGAGAGGAUGGCAUUGGCAGCCAUAGCCACAGCUUCAUCAAAUCCUCUGCAUUCUUCUUCUCUAGCUUUCACAACUUCCACAGGAAGAGGAGGAGGAGGCAGCUGCUGCACAAGGACAAGGAGGAGGAGCCAUUGCCUAAAGAUUACUGGGUCCAAUCCAGCUCAUGACUCGGCUCUUUUCCAAGCAGCCCAUCACACUGUGGAUACGUACAUUAAAAGUGGUAUGGUAAUUGGAUUGGGGUCUGGCCAAGCUUCUGGUAUGGCCAUACAGUAUAUAGGUCUGCAACUUGGUGCAGGUGCUUUGAAAGAUAUAGUCGGGAUACCAACGUCCGUAGCAUGCGCAAGCGAGGCAGCAAGGGCAGGAAUUCCAUUGGGUCACUACGAGUAUUGUUCUCAAAUUGACUUUGCAUUUGAUGAUGCUGAUGUAUUAGAAGAAAGGACACUUAUUGCUGUCAUCGGACGAUCUAGAUUGCAGGCUGAGGAGUCCAUAAUCCAAGAGAAGGCGAUACUAAACGCAGCAGAUAAACUUGUGUUCAUGACCACAGAAAAACAGUACAAAAGUGGUUCCGAUGGUUCUAUUCCAGUUUUGGUGAAUCCUCUCAACUGGUUGCAAGCCGCUGAAGAAAUUGAUGACCUUUUUUUAGGCGAUGCCGAGGUAUGGAGAAGACCAUCAGCUGGACUGGCAGGUCCUAAUGGGGGUGACUUCCCACUAGUCACCAACGAAGGCCAUAAUGUUCUUGAUAUCAUAUUUACGUCUCCAAUCCUAAGCCUCGCUGAAGUAUCGAACAGCCUUGAUGAAGUUGAUGGGGUCGUAGAUCACGGAAUCAUUUCCAAGUUCCCAUGCACGGCAGUAAUCGCUUCGGAAAGUGGACUGUCUGUUGUUGAUAAUCUGCCUAAGAAUGCCGUGAAGGAACCUUAACAGCAAGAUCCUGCAUCACAAACUCACACCGCGGUUCGGUUUUGUUUCUGCAUAUAAGCCUGCAUCAUAUACAAAACACAUCAUUUUGUGUAAUGUGGCGUGCAUAUCGCUUCGGACGCAUAUCACUUGUAUCCAUUCGACGCGUGUGUGCGUAUAUAUAUAGUGCUUCUGUAUAUAUAAUGCAGUGUAAGGGCGGAACUUGGGUUGGACCACCCUUACCAACCCGAAUUUUAGACAACCCAAUAGUUGAUGAGUUGAGCAAAUGCAAUCAGAGGAAUCUCCUGCCUGAUAAAUCAAUGUAUGAAUAUUCACAUAUGUAGUAUAUAUACUAAAUUUUUCCGCAUA